AUUUCCAUGACGCGCGGAGACCAGGAGCCGCUGGAACAGAUGAAUGAGCUGCUCCGGGGGGUUUCGUCGGAAUAACAUGCAGUCCUUUAAGGUCCCUUUCCACCUGCCACCAGAUAAAUAUGACCCUCAGCUGCCAGGCUAGGAAGAAGUGACUGAUGUGACCCCCUGACCUCCCUUUUGGCGAUCAUGGGAUGUGGCACCUCCGUCGCCACAGAAACCCAAGUAAAAAUACUGGAAAGAGAUGAUGAAGUUAAGACUUCCAGCCCAGCUCUCACCAUGAAGGCAGCUGUUCUGAUCCAGCGUUGGUAUCGGCGCUACAGGGCCCGGCUCGAGAUGAGACGCAGGUACACCUGGAACAUCUUUCAGUCCAUCGAAUAUGCCGGGGAACAGGAUCAGCUACAGUUAUCCAGUUUCUUCAGUUUCAUGCUGGACAAUUUCACUUCUCUUAAUGAAAAUGGGCCAGACUUGAUCUCCCAGCUGCUGGAUCCGGUGGUCGACCCCUGGUUGGACAGAGAAACCUGCUACAACCUCAUUCCUGUUCCCGAGUCUUACAUUGGGCCCCGCAUAUCCUUUCCUCUCUCCGUCUCCGACACCAACACUCUGCUCAAUGCGUUUAAGGAGCAACAGACUCUACACGCCAGAUACGUUCUGCAGCUGCUGUAUGAGACCAAAAAGCUUCUCAAACAGAUGCCCAACAUCAUCCACCUGUCCACCUCCUACACUAAAGAGAUCACCAUAUGUGGUGAUCUGCAUGGGAGACUUGAUGAUUUGCUUCUCAUAUUCUAUAAGAACGGGCUUCCCUCUGCAGAGACCCCGUAUGUGUUUAAUGGGGACUUUGUGGACCGUGGAAAAAAGUCAGUGGAAGUCGUCAUCCUCCUGUUCGCCUACCUUCUGCUUUACCCUGACAACAUGCACCUGAACCGAGGAAACCACGAAGACCACAUCAUGAACCUCAGAUAUGGCUUCACUAAAGAAGUCACGCAGAAGUACAAGACUCACGGCCGUGAGAUCCUCCAGCUCUUCCAGGACGUUUUCAGCCUCCUGCCUGUUGCCACAGUCAUUGACGGAAAGAUCCUGAUUGUUCACGGAGGGAUUUCAGACCAGACCGACCUGGACUUCCUGGGCUCCAUCGACAGACACAAGGUGAAAUCUGCCCUGCGGCUCCCCAAACACAGUCUGGAGCAGCUGGACAUCGGACAGUCGUCCAGACAGGCCAAACGACUGAGGUCUGCCGACGGCUCGCGUCCCAGCAGCAGCAGCCGCAGCUGCAGCAAAAGCCAAAGAACCCCCAGCCACAGAAAGAGGCGCUGCGGGAUCAGCCGACAGGACAGCAGCGCCUCCAUUUCCUCCUCGUCUUCAUCCUCGUCCUCCUCCUCCUCACUCUGCUCCCCUCGAACUCCCUCCUGCCUCUCUCCUCGUGCAUAUCCCACUUCUCCCAGCAUGCCUUGCUCCAUCAACGUCCUCCAAGUGCCUUUUCUGGACUCUCUGUCUUCUUUGCCCCUUCCUUCUCCUUCACAACACGAACAGGAGUGGAAACAGAUCGUCGAUGUGUUGUGGAGCGACCCUAAAACCCAGGAGGGCUGCAGCCCCAACACGUUCAGAGGCGGCGGCUGCUACUUCGGUCCUGACGUGACGCAGAGGCUGCUGCUCCAACACGGACUCCAGCUGCUGAUCCGCUCGCACGAGUGCAAACAGGAAGGAUACGAGCUCUGCCACAGCGGACAGGUGAUCACCAUCUUCUCAGCGUCAAACUAUUAUGAGGAGGGAAGCAACCGUGGCGCAUACAUCAAGCUGGGGCGAGAACUGGUUCCCCGUUUCUACCAGUAUCAAGUCAGCCGCACGACCCGCAAACUGACCUUGACACAGAGGGUGCGAGCCGCUGAGGGCUCGGCUCUCAGGGCCCUGAAGGAGAAGCUGUUCGCUCACCGCUCUGAGCUGAUGGCCGGUUUUCAGCAGUAUGACGACAACUGCACCGGUAUUAUAUCGGUGAGUGAAUGGGCCCAGGUGCUGGAGUCUGUCCUGAGGCUUGACCUGCCCUGGAGGACUCUGCGUCCACAGCUGGCUCGCCUGGCACCAGAUGGCAGUGUGGAGUAUCAGUCCUGCUUCCAGGACAUGGGGACGGGGAUUCCUCUGCCUCAGGUCACUCCGAACUUGGCAGAAACACUUUUUAGAUACAGGACAGACAUUGAGAUAAUAUUCAACAUUAUAGACAAAGAUCAUUCAGGUCUGAUCUCCAUCGAGGAGUUUCGUCACACCUGGCGCCUCUUCAGCGCUCACCUCGGGGUCGACAUUGAUGACAGAGCCAUUGACGACCUGGCCCGGAGUAUUGACUUUAACAAGGACGGCAGUAUAGACUUCACCGAGUUUUUAGAGGCCUUCAGAGUGGUGCACAAGCUGGACCAAGGAUCAGCAAACCAGUGAAAACAUGGAUACAGAGAAGUUUUCAUGAAAACCAUGUGAUUAAGUGAUUAAUGCCUGAAGGAUUGUAGAAAAGCUUUAAAUAUGAUUGAAUAUUUAAUAUUUAUUUCAUAUUACCAGUACAAGGAAAAUCCACCUUUUAAAGUUAGUUUCAUAAGAACUUUACAAAAAUGUAUUUUCUUUAUUGUUUUGUCACUUUAUCGUGACAGUUAAUCCUUGAUCAAUGGCUAUAAAGAAGUGUGUUUUACAGAAAAAUCUUGACAAAUAUUUGAUAAACUUUCUUUGUGUUCAUGCCUUCUUUAAUCUACCAGCGGUUUUUUUGUACAUCAUGAAUUCCAGUGGCCGUGUUAUGUUACAAAAUGGAUUCAAUUAUUUAUUUUCCUCAAUCUA